AUGGGAAGGACCACAGACAAGGCCUCCUGUGUGAAGAGCUGCAUUGUCCACACAUCAGAUAAAGCAUUCCCAUGCUGGGAGUCUGGGAAGGACUCCCCCUCUAACUUAGGCCUUCACCUGCUUCCUCACUGUGAAGGUACAGAGGCCUUUCAUGCUGCACAGAAGCACUACACAUGCAGUGACUGUGGGAAAGUCUUCUGCCGAAAGUACAGACUUGCUCGGCACCAGAGAGUCCACACUGGAGAGAGGCCAUAUGAGUGCAGCGAAUGUGGGAAAACCUUCAGCUACAAACAUACACUUGUUCAGCAUCAGCUCAUUCAUACUGGAGAAAGACCUGACAAGUGCAGCAAGUGUUGGAAAACCUUUAACAACAAACCCACACUUGUUCGGCACCAGCAAAUUCAUACAGGAAAAAGGCCAUAUAAAUGCAGUGAUUGUGGGAAAUUAUUUAGCCAAAGCUCCAGCCUUAGUGAACAUCAGAGAAUUCACACCAGGUCACGGCCUUAUAAGUGCAGUGAAUGUAGAAAAUUCUUUACCUUUAAUUCCAACCUGGUUAAACACCAGAGAGUUCACACAGGAACAAGGCCUUGUAAGUGUGGUGAAUGUGGGAAAUUUUUUAACCAGAGCCCCAGCCUCACUAAGCAUCAGAGAAUUCACAAUGGGGAAAGACCCUAUGAGUGUACUGAGUGUGGUAAGCUUUUCAGCCAAAGCUCUGCUCUUAUUAAGCACCAGAGAAUUCACACAGGAGCAAGGCCUUACAAGUGUACUGAAUGUGGGAAACUUGUUAGCCAAAGUUUUGGUCAGCACCAGAGUGUUCACAUGAGACAAAGACCCUAUGAGUGCAGUGAAUGUGGAGAAUUUAUUAGUCGAAGCACCCAACAGCACCGAGAAGUUCACAUCAGAGACACAAGCAGGCCUCAGGGGUACAGCAAAUGUGGAAAGGUUUUUAGUCAAGGAUCUGCUCUGAUUGAACACCAGAAACUUCAUGUCCCAGACAGACCUUAUGACUGCUUCAUAUGUGGGAAAGCCUUCAGCUGGAGGUCUAACCUCACUCGGCAUCAGAAAGUUCACAGUGGAGAAGGGCCUCACUCACAGCUCUACUUCCUCUACGGUUCGCGCUAUGGGAACUACAUUGCCCAGAAGGAACUGCUCACCACGGUGCUGGGCCAUGUGACCUUUGAAGAUGUGGCUGUCUACUUCUCCUGGGAGGAGUGGGAGCUUCUUGAUGAAGCUCAGAGACAUCUAUACCGCAGUGUGAUGCUGGAGAACUUCUCACUGAUGGCCUCUCUGGCUGUGAGCACUCCUAAGACAAGAGGGGAGCAGAAUGAGAAUGACAUCCUGACUAGCUCUGGUCUUAACUAUCAGGUGACUCACAGUACAGGGGAACCACACAGGAACAUCAAAAGUGCCCUAACAAAAAGGCAUUAUAAGUGCAGUGAAUUGGGAAACAUUGGUCAGAAAUACUUACUUGUUCAGCACCAGAGACUACACACAGGAGAAAAGCCUUACAAAUGCAAUGAAUGUGGAAAACUAUUUAGCCACAAAUCCAACCUUUUUAUACACCAAAUAGUUCACACUGGUGAAAGGCCUUAUAGCUGCGGUGAAUGUGGGAAAUCCUUUAGCCGCAACGCCGACCUCAUUCAACACCAGAGAGUCCAUACUGGGGAAAAGCCUUUUACAUGCAGCGAAUGUGGGAAAGCCUUCAGGCAUAAUUCCACACUUGUUCAGCAUCACAGAAUCCACACUGGAAUAAGGCCUUAUGAGUGCAGCGAAUGUGGAAAAUUCUUUAGCUUCAACUCAAGCCUCAUGAAACAUCAGAGAGUUCACACUGGAGAAAGACCUUAUAAGUGCACUGAAUGUGGGAAAUUCUAUAGCCACAAGUCAAGCCUUAUUAAUCAUUGGAGAAUUCACACUGGAGAAAGGCCUUAUGAGUGUAGGGAAUGUGGGAAAUUUUUCAGCCAAAGCUCUAGCCUCAUGCAACACCGCAGAGUUCACACUGGAGAAAAGCCUUUUAAAUGCAAUGAAUGUGGAAGAUUCUUUAGCGAGAAUUCCAGCCUUGUUAAACACUACAGGGUUCACACUGGAGCAAGACCUUAUGAGUGCAGGGAAUGUGGGAAGUUUUUUCGCCACAGCUCCAGCCUGGUUAAACAUCGAAGGAUUCAUACUGGAGAAAUGCCUUAUGAAUGCGGUGAAUGUGCAAAAUCAUUUAGCCAGCGUUUCAACCUCACUCAACACCAGAAAGUUCACAGAGGAAAGAAUUCUUGAAUGCAACUAAUAUAGGAAAACCUUUAACUAAAAGUCUGCUCUGAUCCAAUCAUAGGAACUUUACAAACCAGGUGGGCCAUAGGAACACAGUGAACAUGAAGAGAGGCUUCAGCCACAGGCUUAAUUAACCUUUUUCAACACCAGAAAGCUCAGAGUGGAGAAAGGCCUUAGGAGUGCAGGGCACAUGCUGCCUUUGGUCAGCCUAAGCUAACACUGAGAGAAGUUCUGAGAGUAGCCUUUAUCACUAAGCCAGCAAUUGGACAUCAUCUAGUUAUGCAUCCUGAGGGCAGGAUGAUAAAUUGCUGACAUCCUGACCCUUCUGAAAGAUAGCCCUUCUGCCCAGGAGUUCUGGAGAGGGGGAGCCCUGAGUUCUUGGCUGUAUCAGUCUGAAGUGGCCUUUUCAUCUCUCUGAGUUUGGAAGGGGCAAGAGGAAGUGACUUGGUUCAGAUAUGACUGCUUCUUGCUUAUUCUUAUUGAAUAUUAGAUUUUCUUGAAUAAAUGUUUCUUCAUUUGCUCUACACCCUUAGAACUAUAUCCACAGUUUUAUUAAGCAGGUGGGAAGCAGGUCCACAAAACUCCUUACACUGCCAAGCUGGAAGUUGAUCCACAUUUAACUUUUUAAGAACUCACCAAAUUGUGUUCUAAAUGGUCAUGCCUUUUCACAUUUCCUCCUGGAGUAUAUUAGAUUUCAAGUUUCUUCACAUCCUGCUGAUCUUUAUUUAUAAGACAGAGGCCAUCCAUUUUAGCCAUUCUAAUAGGUGUGUAGUAGUAUUUCAUUGUUUUAAUUUGUAUUUUCCUAAUGACUAAAUGUUAAGCAUUUCCCUUGGGUUUAUUUGCCAUCCAUUUACCUUCUGUUCAUAUCUUUUGCCUAUGAUUAAAAUACU